AUGACACCAGAAAAACCAAUUACAGAAUUAAUCAAUCCCAAAUCAAAUAACAUUGAUGUAGCCAAUCCCUUAGAAAUUGUAGAAAUAUUAGAAGAUUGUGAUAGUGAAAUAUUUAAGGGUUGGCAAUCGUAUCCAAAUCUAUACAGUGAACGAAUACAGAGAAACCUUGAUAAUAUUGUAGAGAUAACUGUCAAUAUAUUGAAGAAUUCAUCUAAAAAUAGUAUAAUAUUAAGUGGUUGUGGUACAUCAGGAAGACUAGCAUUCCUUAUUGCACGAACAUUCAAUGAGAAAUUGAAGAAAUUAGGAUUAACACCAUGUUGUGAUUAUUUGAUAGCUGGUGGAGAUAUAGCCUUGUUUACAUCUCAAGAAUCAGGUGAAGAUGACCCUAUUAAUGGUAAAGAUCUACUGAUAAAGGCAGGAAAAGGAAAAAAGAAAGUUUUGUUUAUUGGUAUAACAUGUGGAUUGUCAGCACCAUUUGUGGCUGGACAGUUGGACUACUGUAUGCAGAGACUAGACAAGUUUAUACCAGUCGUAAUAGGAUUUAAUCCAUCAGCAUUAGCCAGAAAUAUAAUAAUAGAAAAUUGGCAUAAAACAUUUUUAAAUGUAAUGGAAGAAUUAUUAAGUUUAGAAGGCAGUAAAAAAGGUUUUAUUAUUAACCCAGUGGUUGGGCCGGAACCAAUAACAGGAUCAAGUAGAAUGAAGAGUGGAACCGCUACUAAACUUAUACUAGAAUCUAUAUUUAUAGCAGCUUUAUCCAGAAUUACUGGCCAAAAAAUAAUAGCUCAGCUGAUAUUAAACUCCUAUGAAACAGUUUACAAUGAUUUAUAUAGUGAAAAACAGAAAAUAUCAAAAGUUGUCAAGUUAGCUGGUGAAAGUUUGAAAUCUGGUGGGUCUAUAUAUUAUAUUGGUUAUGAUAGUUUAGGAAUUAUGGGAAUGAUAGAUGCAUCAGAGUGUAGACCAACAUACGGUGCUUCCUUAGAUGAUGUCAGAGGUUUUCUAUCAAACGGGUUUAAAAAUUUAAGAAAUAAAGACGGUAGUUUAAGUCAUGUGGGGAAACAUUUUAGAAUUUCAAUUGAAGAGUUCAAUUCAGAUAUUUUACCAUAUUUAAAGUCGGAAGAUUUAGUAGUUUUAUUAGUCAAAGAUAAUGAAUAUCUACCAGAUUCUAAUUUGAUGUCGAAGUCGUGUAAAAAAGUUUUAUUUGUUGUUAAUGACAAACAUGAUGGGAUGUUACCAAGUAACCAAGAUGUAUUUAUACAUAUUAAAGUAACUAUUAAUUCUAGUGAAAUUAUACAAUUGAUAUCUAAACCUAUAUAUGAGGAAUAUAAACAAGUGUAUUUAGAAUUAGCGACCAAAUGGUUUUUAAACUCUUUAUCAACUGGUGCUCAUAUAAUGAAAGGAAAAGUCUAUCAAAAUAUAAUGAUAGAUUUAAAACCAAGCAAUAACAAAUUAUUUCACAGAGCAAUACAUAUACUACAGAAUUUUAAUGGUUUAACUGCUGAAGAGUGUAUAGAAUAUUUAUUACGAUCUAUUUAUGAAGCAGACGUUCUCAAUGAAGAUCAACUAACAUCACCUAUUGCUAGUCAUAUACAAGUAGCAGCUACUAAAAAUAUGGUGAUACCUACAGCAUUAGCAGCAUCUUUGAUAAAAUGUUCUAUUAAAGAAGCCAAAGAGAAAAUUGAUGAAGAACCAGUGUUAAGAACAGUGUUCCUCCAAACAUUAAAAUUCGCUAAGUCGAAAUAUUUUUUUGCUCAAAUUUGUGAAAACUAUAAACCAAAAUCUAUAAAAAUGUAUCCCAUAAAUUAUCUGAAAGUUUUAACUAAAACAAAUCCAGCCAAAAAAGCUUUAAGAUAUCCUUACACUCAUGAUCUGUUGUCAAAACAUGGCAAACUUUAGAUAAGAAUUUUAACUGUUAAUAUAUUAAUACUGCUUGUCACUUAUAUUCAGAAUAAAACUCAAAUUGAUAGGCAAGAUAAUCACUUAUAAUUCAUAAUAUUAGAAACAAUGGAUAAUACAAUCGAUACAUAAUCUGAAAAAAUAUAAUAAAAGAUCUAUCGCAGACAAUUCACGGUAAACAGAUAAAUAAUGCUAUUAAUAGAUAUUGCAAGCUGAAUUAUUAAAGUUUGAUUAAAACGGCAGACUUUUGUCACUUAAAAUAAAUGUUAGUAACAUGUAGCAAAUGAAACCAACUUAUAAAAACUGCAACCUAUUUCAACUUAACUGAUCUAUAUAGAUAACAAAUAGUUACGUCUUAUUUCAGAAUUCUGUGCAUUUUUGUGUAGGCUACAGAGCAUAAUUUAAAUUUGAAAUUUAGGAUAAAUGAGAUAUGAGAAGCAUCCAAGUAAGAAAUAGUACUAGAAACCACUUAAGUUGGAAGUUAUAUUUCCCCCAGCGGGAAAAUGGACACAAGGUUCAGAGUUGUGCUCUUACCAUGUGGCAGCCAAAAAGAAUUCUAAAAAAACACAUGUGACAUAAUAAUAUUCAAACAUAGCAUAUUAAACUACAGAGCACAUACAGUUUACUGCCAAUUG